CAGCGCUCGCUCCUUCAAACGCAACCGCCGCCCGGGCUGCCCAAUGGCGGCGCGGCGCGCCCCGAUGACGCGCGGCAGCAGCGCCGGGCGGUAAUGGCGGCGGUGAUGGCGGCGCCCGUGGCCGCGCUCCGGGCCUGGUCGGAGGCGGUGGCGCGGGCGGAGACGGCGGCGCGGGAGGCUUUGGCAGCCACGGCCCCGCUGUUGGACUCGCUGGCCGCGCUGGCGGCGCAGAUGCGGGCGGCGCAGCGGCUGCCAUGGGACGCGACGGCGCUAGGCGCCUUCCCGGAGCUGCGGGCGCGGCUGUGGCGGAAGCAGCGCGGCGCGGCCGAGGCGCUGCUGGAGCAGCUCGGCCAGCGGCGGGAGGAGCUGCGGGCCGUGCGGGACGCCGUGGGGGCCGCGGGCAGCGCCGUGCUGCGGCUCGUGGAGGAGCGGGGUCCGGCCGAGCUGGGGCUGGCCGCGGUUCUGAGGCGGGGGCCGCGCUGCCCCUCGCUGGCCGAUGUGCUGGAGGGGCUGCAGGACGUGGAACGCUACUACCGGCACCUGUACUUGGAGAUCAAACUGCUCCUGCAGCGCCUCAGCUUGGACAGCCUGGCAGACGUAGAAGCCCUGCCGCAGUGCUGGGAGAGGAUUUUGGAGCGUUACAAAGAAGAUGAUGUUGUUCAAGAUACACUCCUGAAGGUCUCACUGUUUGUGGAGAACCAUCAUGAGGUGAGCUGCUCACCUGGCUCCUGACAGGCAGCAGGGAUUGGCACUGCCCAGCUUCUGGAACAUUCUGCAAUGCUGCAAAGGGGAUGAGGAACAGAGGGAGAUCUCCUGGUGCUUUUUGGAAGCUGAGUUGAGUCUUGGUCUCAGCAUGAAAUGCUUGGACUAUGCCAUUUUCAAGUGGAAAUGGCCUUGGUCUCUGAAGAAGAGGCUGAGCCAAAAAAGCCAUGAAGAUAGAAGGGAGUCACCUCCAGCUGUGGAACUUGUCCUUUCCUCCUUCUGCCAUGCCUGUUUUGUGUCAUGGCAAAAAUGUUCAGACUUACAUGAAGUGCUGCAGGUGUGUGAGUGUAAAAGAGUCCUUCAGGCUGCAGCCAUGAAAGAUAUUUGUCCUUACAAUAAAGAAAACAUACCAGAUUUAGAAUUUAGAAACAGUGCUCACCUCGUGUCUUUGAGCAGUGUGUUUGCACUCAUCCUACCUGGGCAUGGAGGAGGAAGGAAGCAAAUCUGAAUUCACUCUUAAAAUUUCACUGGCUGGUAGCCACUGCUGACAGUUCAGGGACAGAUUUUGGUGGCCAUGGCACUGAUCCUCUGAAGGUUCCCAGGAAUCUGUGGGAUGUUUGUCUCCCAGCUGUGUAUUUGGUGAGGAGCUGCAGGGUGACAUUUUCUGGGUCCCCUGUGGCAGGAAAGAAUGAAUCUGAUUCCAUGUUCUUAGAAGGUUAUAUUAUAUUAUAUUAUAUUAUAUUAUAUUAUAUUAUAUU